GUCCUCAAUUACCUCACUGGUGUAAGCCACGGAAAUAGGUUUUUAUUGUUAAACAAAAUCACAGCCCCCAAAUCUCUCGACCCGGAGAUUUCUUCUGAUUCAGUCCUCAAAUUUCUCUCUCCGGAAUUUUUUUCCCAAUUAUUUGCUUACCUAAUUGCGCUAAUUCUUUCUGAUUCUUCUUUCGCUAAAAAUCUCUUUCAUUUUCUUUUUUCCAUUUCUCAAGUGGGCUCUCCUUUGGUGGAAUCUGAAGGAUUUUGGGCUGUGUUUAAAGUUUACAGGAAACAAAAGCAGAUGAGCUUGCCGCCAUAAAAUGUGACAUUUUUGUUGAUUAUCUUUAAUUUUCUGCAACUUAAAUGCAUCUAAGGUCUAGUUUUAGAUAAGUUUGUUUGAGUUGAUACUUGACUUGAUGAGAAAGAAGAGGAAAGGAAGUGAAACUGAUGUGUCUACUGAGGUAACAAACAAUUUUGCUUCGUCUUGUGGUUCCAGAUCAUCUAAUAUUAGGUCUCAUUUUUCAUUAGAAGAUUACGCGAGGCUAAAAAAGAGGUGCAAAGAAGAUGUUGAUGCACCUCCUGUUGGUUCAUGUAAAAGUAGACUCGCUGGCAUUGCUACUGCCCCACCUUGUGGUGCAUCUUCUUUGGUCCCUCCCGGCAGAGGUCUUAAGAGGAAGAUAGGGUGCAUUGAGGUAAUUACACAAAUUGGUAGGAAGAAAAAGGUCGAGGAUGAUUAUGUUAAAGGUGCCACAAUUGGGCGGGGGAAAUUUGGGUCGGUUUGGUUGUGUAGGUCUAGGACUAGUGGGGUUGACUUUGCUUGUAAAACACUAUGCAAGGGAGAGGAGACUGUUCACAGAGAGGUAGAGAUAAUGCAGCACUUAUCUGGUCAUCCUGGGGUUGUGACUUUGCAGGCAGUGUAUGAGGAGCCAGACUGCUUUCAUCUCGUAAUGGAGUUGUGCUCUGGAGGUCGUUUGAUUGACCAAAUGGCAGAGGGUCAGUAUUCAGAGCAACGUGCUGCUAAUAUUUUUAAGGAUGUUAUGUUAGUAAUUAAGUACUGUCAUGAGAUGGGAGUUGUGCAUAGAGAUAUAAAGCCAGAGAAUAUUCUUCUCACAACUUCAGGAAAGAUAAAGCUGGCAGAUUUUGGUCUUGCCAUGAGAAUUUCCAAUGGUCAAACUUUGUCUGGUUUGGCUGGAAGUCCAGCUUAUGUUGCACCUGAGGUUCUGUCAGGAAAUUAUUCAGAGAAGGUCGAUAUAUGGAGUGCUGGUGUGCUCCUACAUGCACUUUUGGUUGGUGUUCUUCCAUUUCAAGGAGACUCCUUGAAGGCAGUGUUUGAGGCCAUCAAGAAUGUAAACCUUGAUUUUCACUCAGGGAUAUGGGAGUCUGUAUCUAAACCUGCACGUGAUCUGUUGGCAAGAAUGUUGACUAGGGAUGUUUCAUCAAGAAUAACUGCUGAUGAAGUACUAAGGCAUCCAUGGAUAUUAUUCUACACUGAGCGCUCUCUAAAGACAUUAUCCAUCAAAUCAAAGUCGAAGAAUCAAGUAGGACCUUCCAUUCAAAUUUACAGUUCUCCUGGAUCCAAGUUAAGUGUGAGGAGGAUAGAUGGUGGUUCUCAUAGUCGGGUUCCACAGCCAGUCUCAACAUCCAGCAGUUCAAGUUGCGAGUCAGAGGAACAAGAUGAAAAUGGUGUGGUGGAUGUGCUCGCUGUGGCAAUUUCCCAUGUGAGGAUUUCCGAACCAAAACGGAGCAGACUUUGUAGUCCCACGGGACCUAUAGAGCAGCAGUGUUCAUCUAACCUGACGGCUAACAACCUCUGUAGAGCCUUUUGAUCCUGCUGACACCACUAACAUGAUUAUCUCCACUGUUUUUUGAGCUGGGGAUUUAGAAUUAACCUGCCCUGGUUGCAAUUUCAGUGGGCAAAAUGAUGCUUAUGGAUGAUGAACUUAACAUUCAAUCCGGUGAUAAUGGUGUCAUCUCUAGCAAAGCUUUUGACUUCCAAAGCCAUGGUGGUAACUAAAUAAUUGUUCUCGCCUGGUGAACAGAGAGAAUUGAAGUACAGGAUUGAUGUAUAUAGAUCCUUUCAAAUCAUUUUCUCCCCGCACUUGUACAGGUGUGUGUUCAGUUAUUGAGAUUGAAUGUCUGUCAUUAGGGACAUAGGUAGGCUGCCUUAUAAAGAUCUGUUUUUACUGAGCUGUGAAAGCAAUGUGUUUAUGGUGUUGAUUCC